CUCCUACCAAAAUCACAGCCCCUAAGAGCCAGGGCUCUCAUUCACAGCUUUCUAGAGAAAUCUGAGCCCGAACCUGCCAGAAUAGGGGAUCUCACCCACUCAGCUCAGCAACGAGGACACCUGCAGAAACACAUUCCCAAAGCAAGGCUGGGCGGCCGUGUGAAGUAAGCAAUGGCCUCGCUUUUGCUUCUCUUUGGGAUGGCCGCCACCACAUAGGACCUGAAUGUCCUACUGCUUUCCAGGAACAGAAAGAAGACCCUCUAUUUGUCUGUUUCAGUGGCAGCUUGGUAGUAAAAAAACUGUUGAAUGGGCCACAAUUUCAGCAGACCAUCACGUGAAUGGGACCAGUCUCUUUCCUUCCCAAGUAUCAGAAAUUAAGCACUUGGAAAGGAGAUUUGGCCAAGAUGACCCAUUUACAGGCUGGACUCAGCCCAGAGACUAUAGAGAAAGCUCGCCUAGAACUGAAUGAAAACCCAGACGUUUUACACCAGGAUAUUCAGCAAGUCAGGGACAUGAUCAUCACCAGGCCUGACAUUGGAUUUUUACGCACAGAUGAUGCCUUCAUCCUGAGAUUUCUCCGAGCCAGGAAGUUCCACCAAGCAGAUGCCUUUAGACUCCUGGCCCAGUACUUCCAGUACCGCCAGCUAAACCUGGACAUGUUCAAAAACUUCAAGGCUGAUGAUCCUGGCAUUAAGAGGGCCCUCAUCGAUGGGUUCCCUGGAGUGCUGGAAAACCGCGAUCACUAUGGCAGGAAGAUUCUUCUGCUGUUUGCAGCCAAUUGGGAUCAGAGUAGGAACUCCUUCACAGACAUCCUCCGGGCCAUCCUGCUGUCAUUGGAAGUCCUUAUUGAAGAUCCGGAGCUCCAGAUAAAUGGUUUCAUUUUAAUUAUAGACUGGAGUAAUUUUUCCUUCAAACAAGCCUCCAAACUGACACCAUCAAUCCUCAAACUGGCCAUUGAAGGGUUGCAGGACAGCUUUCCUGCCCGCUUCGGAGGAGUCCAUUUUGUCAACCAGCCCUGGUACAUUCAUGCCCUGUACACGCUCAUCAAGCCAUUCCUUAAAGACAAGACCAGGAAACGGAUUUUCCUGCAUGGAAACAACUUAAACAGCCUCCACCAGCUAAUACACCCUGAAUUUUUGCCGUCUGAAUUUGGAGGAACCCUUCCUCCUUAUGACAUGGGAACUUGGGCCCGGACGUUACUGGGUCCUGACUACAGCGAUGAAAAUGACUACACUCACACUUCCUAUAAUGCAAUGCACGUGAAACACACAUCCUCCAAUCUGGAGAGAGAGUGCUCACCCAAGCCGAUGAAGAGAUCUCAGUCUGUGGUAGAAGCUGGGACCCUGAAACAUGAGGACAAGGGAGAGAAUGAGAACACUCAGCCACUCCUGGCUCUGGACUGAACCCUGAGCCACCCUGUGCUCUAGACAUCGCCAGCCCUCAGUGGUAUCAGCCACCAGGAAGCGCAUGUGCAACUGACCCCACAAUGCGUGCGUUCGGCUCGACACAAGGGCCUCCUCUCCUGCCACCCAGUAAUGACUGUCACCAGCCACUGGUCUAAGCAGCCAAAGUUGAACAAAGACUUGAGAGAUGCUUUUUUUUUUUCAAUGAGGGAAUUGGAGGAUGAAGCAAGGCAGUUAUGGAAACAAGAUUCCCCCCAUCCCAUAUUUACAGUAUUAAGUGAAUUGAAAAGAGAAAAACUAAAUCUGAUG